AUGUCAGUUUAGUUAUAAAGAUGGCGGUGGCCUUGUCACCCGAUCAGGAAUUGGCCACAAAGGCGUUUCUGGACGCCCUAAGUGAGGCGGGCGCGAGCUGCGUGUCCCGAGCUACCGCGAUCAAGUUCCUUUUGGCGCGUAAGUUCGAUGUGGCUCGCGCACACGCCCUCUGGCGACAGCACGAGGCAACUCGACGUCGAGAAGGUCUCACCAAGUUUGAGCCCUUCGAAGAUCCCCUUAAAUCGGAACUUGCCACUGGAAAAUUUACUAUAUUGCCUACCCGUGAUGCGACUGGCGCGGCGAUAGCUGUGUUCACAGCCAACAAGCACUUUCCCACACAGACCACACAUCAGACAACGUUGCAGGGUGUAGUGUACCAGUUGGACGUGGCGUUACAAUCUCUGGAGACACAGCGCGCUGGCCUGGUCUUUAUCUACGACAUGACAGACUCCAAGUAUACCAACUUUGACUACGAACUCUCACAGAAGAUACUCACCAUGCUUAAGGGUGGUUAUCCGGCCAAGUUGAAGAAGGUUCUAAUAGUGACCGCGCCGCUGUGGUUCAAGGCGCCGUUUCGCAUACUACGGCUAUUCGUGCGCGAGAAGCUGCGCGAACGCGUACAUACGGUGAGCGCGCCGCAGCUAGGCGCGCACGUGCCCCGCGCCAGCUUGCCUACGCAGCUCGGCGGACAACUAGCCCCAGACCACGCCGCCUGGCUGGAGCACUGUAGAAAUUGUUAUACGAAUAACCUUCAAAAUAACAAACUGGAUGGUGUGAUAGACGAAUAUGUGAUCAGUAAUUAUAUUCCCCCGGUCAAAACGCAAAAUGGUGUAAUAGAGCACGAGGUCGCGCGCGAUAUGACUAGCGACCGCGUGGCGCGUCUCGAGCAGCCCGACGCGAUGCACAUCAGCGACCCUCCCUACACCUGCGACACAGGCCCGCUCAGACAUACACACGGCUACAAUGGCGACAUGAAGGGCGGUCACAUACACUCCGGAGAUGAGGACGACGUUGACUUGAUCACUCGAGGCACGUGGUCUUCGGGCGAGGCAUCUCCAGGUCUAUCGGAUGAGGAGUGUGCGGGCGGAGGCGCGGGCGAGAGCGCAGGCGCGCUGCUGACUCGUCUGCGCGCGCUCGGACGUCGCGGACUUGUCGCAGAGUACGAGGAGAUACGAGCUCGUCCUCCGCAAGGCACCUUCCAACAUGCCAAAUUGCCAAGUAAUUUAUCAAAGAACCGGUACACAGACGUUCUGUGCUACGACCAUUCCCGUGUGCUGCUAUCACAAACGGACCCCGAGGACCCCACCACUGACUACAUCAAUGCUAACUACGUGGACGGAUACAAGCAGAAGAAUGCAUUCAUAUGUACACAAGGUCCUCUGCCGAAGACGUUCAGCGACUUCUGGCGCAUGGUGUGGGAGCAGGGCUGCCUGGUGGUGGUGAUGACGACGCGUGCGGUGGAGCGAGGUCGUGUCAAGUGCGGACAGUACUGGCCGGCGGCGGUCGGAGCGCGCGCUCUGCAUCCCCCCUUCGCACUGCUCACUGAAGCUGUUGAUGUUGAAGAUGAUUAUAUUAUAUCUCAUCUCGUACUCACUGAUUUAAGGACGGAGCAGUCGCGGCGAGUGUGGCACGGACAGUACGUACGCUGGCCUGACUACGGCGUGCCGGGCGGUGGUCGCGCACAGCCAGUGUUGCGCUUCCUGCAGCUAGUGCGGCGCGCACAACGCACUGCGCUCGCUGAUUUAGGAGAUGCGUGGGCAGGUCACAGUCGGGGACCUCCCAUAGUGGUGCAUUGCUCCGCUGGAAUUGGUAGGACUGGUACAUUCAUAACACUGGACGUGUGCACGUCGCGGCUGUCUGCGGAGGGCGUGGCGGACGUGCGCGGUACUGUGGAGCGCGUGCGAGCUCAGCGCGCACACUCCAUACAGAUGCCCGACCAAUACGUCUUCUGCCAUCUCGCCCUACUGGAGUACGCGGUAAUGCACGGGUAUUUAGAGUCUGCUGAUUUGAACGGCUUCGAUGAUGAUAAUGAAGACGAAUCUGAAUGAAGAUUGGCUCGGCCCGCCUGCACCGUGCUCUAGUGCGGCCCCACAUCUGCUCUCAUCGGUCGGUACCAGCCAACAACGGUACAUACCGAUCUUUAAUGUUUCAAAUUGGUCCUCACCGGUACGAACCGGUUCAAACUAGUUCAAACUGGUACGAACCGGU